AUAAUGAAAGGCAAAUGAUAUAGAUCACCUCAUAACGGGCGGCCUCCCCUCCUUGUUCCACUUCACCCGGCUCUGCACCCAUUCGACAGCCUCCCGUACUCCUGAACCCAUAAGAGCACUGAUGGGUAAAACACGACUAUCGCGAACGACGCCGCCUGUUUCUCCCUCAAACACCUUUCGCACGAACCCCUCCUUGAUCCGGACAACCUCUACUGAGUCUUCCCGGUCUUGUUUAUUAGCAAGCACGAGAAUAGGCACACCGGCAACAUCAGCAUUGCGAAGCACGGAUUCAAGCACCUGACGACACUCGUCUAAUCGGCCGAAGUCACUAUCGGGAGCGUUGAUGCUGGCCAGUUGCUCGGCGAAAGUGUUUACGCUAUCAUUCCCACCAUCGCCGUCACCGUCAGCAUCGACUUCGCGCUCUGCUGAUGAUUCCGCCGCUCCUGAUCCUGGCCUGGGUGUCGA